UGAGACUAUGCUGCUCCGCGAAGAUGGUCUUAUGAUUGCCCUCAUCAAAAAUGGAUCAAUUGCCGAGUUGGAUGUGGCAUCGAACACAGUCAAUGAAUGGGCAUAUACUGGUGGUCGAUGUCUGGGUGGUGCAUUUGACAAGAACGGAGAUCUCAUUGCAGCCCAGGUGACAGCUGGCCUGAUCAAAGUAGAUAAGACUACCAGGCAAGUGACCGU